AUGGUUAAUAUUUCAGCUGGGACUACAUUUCUACUAACUGGAUUUGAGAAAAUGGAAAACUUAAAGUAUUCUUUUUUUCUAGCCAGUUUUGUGCUUUAUUUAUUAAUAUUAUUUGGCAACACAUCCCUCAUUACUGUGAUUGUCCUGAAUGAAAAUCUGUAUAAACCUAAAUAUAUUUUUGUUUGUAAUUUGUGUUUAAAUGGAUUAUGUACAAGUACUGCAAUCUUUCCAAAACUAAUGACAGAUAUUAUUUCUGAAGUAAAAACUAUUUCACAGUCAGGAUGCUUAAUUCAAAUCCUGUUUGAAACAUUAUCUGCCUUCAAUGAAAUGUCUUUAUUAGCAGUAAUGGCAUAUGACCGAUAUGUUUCCAUCUGUAAUCCACUGAGGUACGCCAGUGUUAUGACAAAAACGAGGAUCUUUAAAGUCUGUUACAGGGCUUCUCAUGGGGUUAAAUCUAAAGCCCUGAAUACCUGUAUGACACACUUCCUGUUGUUGUGUAUGUAUUUGAUGGGUGGCUCACUGGUAUUUAUUCAAGCUCGUAUUGGGGGAUUAGAUCCCUUAGAUUUUGUACAUUUGUUUGUGUCACUAGCAUGCUUCAUGAUUCCUCCACUUUUCAAUCCACUAAUCUAUGGAAUUCGAACACAGGACAUUAGAAAAACUUUAAAAAAAUUAAUUGCAAACAAGAUAUUUUGCCUCAGUGCUGGUAUUAAAAAUAGUUAA